AUGAAAGAUACGGAAGUGACGGCGGAGCUAGUAACUCCGGGAGAUGUACUCGGGAAUGCGACUGAGCUCAAAGCCGGCAAAGGAGCUUACCUCAAUGACACCACCAUCUACGCUUCCCUCACUGGAACCCGCCGGAUUCUUCCUCCUCUUCCCGAAUCCCUUGACCAGAGAGCCACUGUGGAAGUUACCGGUCACAAGGCACAUGGGCCUGUUCCUGAGCCUGGUUCUCUUGUCAUUGCAAGGGUGACGAAAGUUAUGGCGCGGAUGGCUGCUGCUGAUAUCCUAUGUGUCGGUCCAAAGGCCGUUUGUGAAAAAUUUGCGGGGAUAAUCAGGCAACAAGAUGUUAGAGCAACAGAGAUUGACAAAGUUGACAUGCAUUUGUCUUUCCGUCCUGGUGACAUCGUUAGAGCUCUCGUUCUGUCUCUUGGUGAUGCGCGGGCUUACUAUCUGUCAACUGCUAAGAAUGAACUUGGUGUGGUCUCAGCGGAAAGUGCUGCAGGUGAGACAAUGGUUCCCAUAAGCUGGACAGAGAUGCAGUGCCCAUUGUCAAGCCAAACUGAGCCGAGAAAAGUUGCCAAGGUGGGCAGUUAA